CAGACCAGGACCACACCGACCGGUCUGUCUCCUUAAGAUGCUGGAAUAACGGCGUUAAAUCUUUUGCAUCUUUAUCGUGACCAUCUUACUCACUGUCUCCAAAAAUGUCUGGGAAAAUAGACAGUAAACAAGAAUCCCAGCGUUCACACUUGGCAUCCUUUACGAUGAAACUAAAGGAUAAAUUCCACUCUCCCAAAAUCAAGAGGACGCCAUCAAACAAAAAGUCAAAACCACCACCUGAACAACGUGUGAAGUCCCCAGAGAAGACAGAGACUAAGAGUCAGAAUCGAUUAGAGGAGCAUGAGAAAGAAGUGGUCAGUGCAUUGCGGUACUUCAAGACGAUAAUCGACAAGAUGGCAGUGGACAAGAAAGUCUUGGAAAUGCUUCCUGGAUCAGCCAGCAAAGUGCUGGAGGCCAUCAUGAACUUGGUACAACUAGAUGGCAAGAUAUUGAGCAGUUCACGAGUGUCCUCCUGUCUGAAUCGGCUCUAUCAGAGUCUUGCAAACCUCAUACGCUGGUCAGACCAAGUAAUGCUGGAGGGGGUGAAUUUAGAAGAUAAGGAAACAAUAGCGACCGUCACCACUGUGAUCAAAGCAGUGCUGGAUGGUGUAAAGGAGCUUGUUAAAGUCACCAUCGAGAAGCAGGAACAGCCCUCCCCCACAACGCCUGUCAAAACCCUGCCUUCUGUUGCAAGUCCACAGCGUGUUCCAGACCCCCCUGUCAUUGAGAUGAAGGAAAACAUCUCAAAUGAUGCCCCUGCCCCGUCUGAGACCACAGAGACGCCAAAUGAAGUCCCUGAUGAGGAGGUGGCCCCUCCUAAACCCCCUAUACCUGGACUCAAAGUGCCUGAACACUGUCCACCGGCUCUUCCCCCAAAGAAGCGUCAGUCUGCACCGUCUCCCACAAGGAUUGCCGUGGUUGCGCCGAUGAGUCGUACCACCAGUGGAUCAAGUCUCCCUAUUGGUAUCUGUCGACAGGAUUAUGAGACAGAUGCAUUACAAAGGCGUUUUUCGGGGGGCAGUCACUCUUAUGGAUGUGAAUCACCACGUCUGUCCCCCUGUGGCAGCAUCGGCGUAUUGAGCAAGUCUGACGAACAGCUGUCCUCACUGGAGCAGGACAGUGGACAGUGCUCUCGUAACACCAGUUGUGAGACUCUAGACACAGCAGAGAGCUACGACCCCGACUAUGACUUCCUGCAUCAGGACCUGUCUAGCAUCGAUCAGAUCCCUGCUGCACACACAGGGGGUUGUCUAAGCCCUCUCCCUGAGUCUCACCAUGAAUCAUCCCCCUUCCCUGUCCAGCUUAAAUCAAUACCACCCGCUCUCCCAAAGAAGGAACGCCGGCCAACUCUGCCUCUGGUGGAACGGCUUUACUCUCAAUAUGACAACGUUUCAGAAGAGGAUAUGCAGACCCCACCCUUCCCCCUCUUCGUGCCAAUGCCACCCUCGAAUCCUGGAGAAUUUUUGGGAAAUUUCAGCAUUGCUGAAAACAGUCACAUCCCCCAGAGCCCCCCACCCCUGCCAGAAAAGAAGAGUCGACAUAUCCUGAAAUACAUGCAGUUUAUGGAGGACUAUUCCGAGCCGUUGCCUUCCAUUUUCUACCAGACGCCGCAGAGCGAAAGCAUUUAUGAGCAGCGCAAUAGGAAGCGCUUUCAGGAAGUGUAUGGCCUCAGCGACUCCUUCAGCAGCAGCGACGAACCGCCCCCUCCCCCAGCCCUGCCACCCAAACAGAGACAGCUGGCAUCCUCACACUCUGCAUCUCCUUCCUCCUCCUCCUCUUCCUCUCUGUCGUGUCACUUGCAGCAGUGUGCUUCCGGGCCAGGCCCUGGUGAGACAGACACUGCUCUCUGCCAGUCCACAUCUAACUCCUCUCUCAGCCACCAGGGUUCCCUGCCUGCCCCUGCGAGUGAAAGUGCUAAUGAUGAAGUUGGGGAGGGUGAAUACGUCAAUCUGUAUUCAUCCAACCAGGCCAAUGGAGAUGUGACUCUCUCCAAUGGAGACUCUUCUUGUGAACCUGAGGACUCACUGCAGGACGCUGCAUCAGAACACAGCAAAGAUACGGCAGACCGAGAAGGCUGGAAGCAAAAGUGUGCAGACUCAGAGUUGACCUCAGAGGAUGUGGAUGAGCUCUCGCUGACUGACCAUGAAGAGAUCAUGUCUCACAUAACACUAAAGCAAGAGAACGACGAUGGCCCUGAUGUCCGAGCUGGAUCAGGAGACAUUUUAUUAGUUCAUGCCACAGAAACAGAUCGCAAAGAUCGAGUUUUAUACUGUGAAGCCUUCUUGACCACAUACAGAACGUUUCUAACCCCAGAGGACCUCAUUAAAAAGCUCCGCCAUAGGUUUACUAGGUAUUCUCACAGUUCUGACAGCGUCAAACAGCGUGUUAGUAAAAACGCAUUCUUCGUGCUGGUGCGGGUCGUGGAUGAGCUUUGUUUGGUGGAGCUCACAGAAGACAUCCUGAAGCAGCUCAUGGAUCUCGUGUUCAAUCUGCUAAUUGACGGGGAGCUCAUUCUGGCCCGCGUUCUGCGCAAGAACAUUCUAGAUAAAGUCCAACAGAAGAAGUUGCUGCAGUACUUCAACUCCCUCAAAACGCUCGCUGCACGAAGUGUGGCUGCAAGGCCUGGCACUCUGCAUGACUUCCGCAGUCAUGAGAUCGCAGAUCAGCUCACUCUCCUUGAUGCAGAUCUGUUUUAUAAAAUAGAGAUCCCUGAGGUGUUACUCUGGGCCAAGGAACAGAACGAAGAAAAAAGUCCCAAUCUAACCCAAUUCACAGAGCACUUCAACAACAUGUCAUACUGGGUUCGAUCCUUGAUUAUCCAACAGGAGAAAGCCCAGGAUCGAGAAAAACUUCUUCUGAAGUUCAUCAAAGUUAUGAAGCACUUAAGAAAACUCAAUAACUUCAACUCCUACUUGGCAAUAUUAUCAGCACUGGAUUCAGCACCUAUUAGAAGACUAGAAUGGCAAAAGCAAACUUCAGAGGGUUUGGAGGAGUAUUGCACUUUAAUUGACAGUUCCUCCUCAUUCCGGGUGUAUAGAGCAGCUCUGGCAGAUGUGGAGCCUCCAUGUAUACCCUACCUAGGUCUCAUCCUUCAGGACUUAACUUUUGUGCAUCUUGGGAAUCCUGACCUCAUUAAUGGAAAGAUCAACUUUUCCAAACGCUGGCAGCAGUUCAAUAUCCUGGACACUAUGAGACGCUUUCAGCAAGUGCACUAUGAUCUCAAACACAAUGACGACAUUGUUUCCUUCUUCAAUGACUUCAGUGAUCAUCUAGCUGAGGAGGCAUUAUGGGAGCUCUCUUUGAAAAUCAAACCUCGUAACAUCACAAGACGGAAAACAGAACGAGUGGAAAAGACAUAGUUCGUCCAAGUAAAUGAACUGCAUUUAAACCCCACCCCCCUAUGAAGUUGUAAGACACCGCAAUCAUAAUUUACUGUAAUGGCAGCUACGAGACUGGAAACAAUGCUGUAUUUCUGUUACAGUUUUUUUUUUUUUUUACGGUAUUAUAUUUUAUUUUGUAUUUGCACUGCAUCUUAGCCUGUUAGUAAAUCUGGAGUGGAACCAUGCCAAGCACAAAGAGUUCAGCCGGAUACAUGAGAUUAUAACCUGGGAUUUAAAGUGAUAUUCCAGGACCACUUCACCAUCUGGAUGUUGGCAGUGCAAUCUGGAAACAACACGACUCCAACGGCAAACUAAUAACAUUAUGCCUUAACAGGCACGGUGGAGGACUUAGUUCCAUUGAAGACUGAUAUUUUUAUUUAUUUUUUAUAUAACCAAUGCACAUAAAGACUCUUUGGGUUUAGAGGGAUUGCUGUAUGUUUAGCUACUGGAUUGAACAGCUUUAAGCAUGUAUGAUAAUAUGUCAUAAUGAGGUCACAAGGUCAUUGUCAUUAAUAGCACAGGAUUUAUUUGCUAAUUCUGCAUUUAACAGUUCUACGUUAAUCGCAUUUAUUACAUUAAUUCCUCGACAGGAGUGUGUCAAUAUAUUUGCAUCAAGCUCUUUUAAAUGUAUUGUCAAGAAAUGGCACUUCACUUUCAUAUUUCUGUUACAUACUUUUGCAACCUGAGGCCUAUUUAAAAUUGGUUGUCUUCCGAUUACUAUUAAUUAUUGCCACUAAUCAGGGAAACUAACAAUGUUGUUUGUUUUUUUAACAGUACAAGUUAUUUAUUUGUAUAUUAUGUGCAUAGAAAUGCUUGCAAUAUGUUUUUUUAUUCAAAGACUGUAAGCACCACUUGGAAAAGAAGAGUUGUGUUACUGGUUUUGUGGUACAUUUCAGUAUUUGUUUGCAUAAGAAAAGAAUAACAUUUUGCACAACAGCCAGGGACCUCCAAAAAAUAUUAUUUUGCACAACAGCCAGGGACCUCCAAGAAAUAUCAUCAUGUUCAAGGACCUGCUAUCAAGUGCUUGAAGCUGUUCAUGUAGUGGUUUUAAUGUGAUUUGUUUGUUUUUAUAUAAUGCAGUUUUUCUUUUGUUUUAAAAGGAUUUUUCAUUAACAUUUUCAGAGAGAUUUUUCUCUGGUGUGUGAUUAUAAAAUGUGCACUUUGAAGAUGAUUGGAGGGACAAGAAGAACUUUUGGGCAGGUCACAGAUGUACAUGUGAACCUGAAAUCCAGCAAUGAUUUUUACAGCAGGAAUCUGCUCUUACCUGCAAAUUAGAAUUAAGUUGGUUUAGAUUUCCAAAGACCACAAAUCACCACUGUUUUAAUAUGAUGAUUAUUCAGUUGCAUAUGAUGUACAACUGACAUGUACCUCUGUACAAGUAACCCUGUGAAACCUGGUAAAA